AUGAACCCCAACAACAAGGGGAGUACGCAAGGGGAGGACAAAUCAAAAGCCCUGAGGAUAUUCAAGUGUACGAAAUGCCAUAUUGAGGUUCCCUAUCACUACUUUGGUAAACAGCCAAAAUUUGCCAAGCAAUUGAUAUUUCUUGAAGAUUCGUUCAUCUGUUAUGAUCCCUUCGCACCGGAGAAACGGCCAUUGUGCUUGGGAUCAAAAUGUGCAGGAUGCAUGUCACCAGUCUGU